GCUCCGAACAAUCCUCUCCUGAACGCCUCAACAUUCGUCGGUUCAGUCUGCCGGCAUCGCUCCUCGGUGCUUUCGAUUCGUCCGCCUUUUCUAGGGUUGAAAAUCGCUUGAAGCACAUGUCCUAUCGAUCGAGCCAUCCUGCUGAAGCCAUGGGUUAAGACUGUCCAGUCGCAGAGUUCACGUGUGUUUCAAAGUUUCCAGUGCUAGUGCGGACUUAUGUCAACAAAAACUCCGGAAAUGACCCGGAACGGCCACGAACUUGCUCCACUCAACACCCGGAACGGUCCCGAAGGGGGCAAACCGGGUGUCACCAUCGUGCUGCAGGGCCCUCGAGGCUCGAUCAUCUCCAGGGGCAGCGCCCCCAUCGACCAGGAUCCGGACCGCGCGGCCUGGUCCGGAAAAAUGCAGUUCUUUCUGUCAAUUAUCGGGUACUCGGUGGGAUUAGGGAAUAUUUGGAGGUUUCCCUAUCUGUGUCAACAGAACGGCGGGGGUGCCUUUCUUAUUCCCUUCGCCGUAAUGUUGAUCCUUGAAGGCAUCCCGCUCUUCCUCAUCGAGCUGGGAAUUGGCCAGAAGAUGAGGUUGGGCUCGUUGGGUGUCUGGAAUACCAUCCACCCAUGGCUGGGCGGCAUCGGAAUCUCGUCGUGUAUCGUCACUUUCUUCGUAGCUCUCUAUUACAAUGUCAUCAUAACAUGGUGCUUUUAUUACUUCUUCAACAGCUUUCAGUACCCGCUCCCUUGGGAAAACUGCCCCGUGGUGAACGGCACCGCGGUCCCCGAAUGCGACAAAUCCUCCGCCACCGCCUAUUUCUGGUACCGCACCACUCUGGACGCCGCCACCAGCAUCGAAGAUCCGGGGAUUCCCCGCUGGUGGAUCGUCCUCUGCCUCCUCCUGUCGUGGAUCAUCGUGUUCUUCAUUGUGAUGAAAGGCAUCCAAAGCUCGGGAAAAGUCGUCUACUUCACCUCCAUGUUCCCUUACCUCGUUCUGACAAUAUUCUUCAUCCGGGGAAUCACCCUGAAAGGCGCCAGCGCCGGCUUAGCCCACAUGUACACCCCCAAAGUCGAGAAACUCCUCGACCCGAAAGUGUGGCUCGAAGCUGCCACCCAAGUGUUUUACUCUUUUGGGUUGGCUUUCGGGUCACUGAUCGCUUUCGGGUCGUACAACACGCCGAAGAAUAAUUGCGUCCGGGACGUGAUUCUAGUGUCAGUUUGUAACGCCUUCACUGCGAUUUACGCCAGCGUGGUAAUUUUUGCCAUUUUGGGGUUCAAAGCUGUGAGCAAUGUUGACAAAUGUUUGGAGCACAAUAUACAGUUUUUGAUCAGCAAUGGGCACUUUGCAAAUGCAAAAGUGGCCGAUAUUUCGACGACGAUGUACGAGGAAGCGGUUAAAAAUUUAAACAACUCGACUUUAGCGCAACUUCGGACUUGUUCGUUAGAGGACGAACUGAGCGGAGCCGCCCAAGGAACUGGUUUAGCCUUCAUCGUGUUCACCCAAGCCAUCGUCGAGCUUCCAGGUGCUCCUUUUUGGGCUGUGAUAUUCUUCUUGAUGCUCCUUUCCCUUGGAAUUGGCUCGCAGAUCGGCAUUUUGGAAGGAAUGCUUUGUACCAUCUUUGAUAUCGAGAUCCUCAAAAGAAUCAGAAAGCAGUACAUCACAGCGUUCGUCUGUGUCGUCUGCUUCUGCAUCGGCAUGAUCUUCACAACAGGAGCUGGCGAAUAUUGGCUGAAGAUGUUUGAUUCAUUCGCCGCCACCAUCGGACUGGUCCUUGUGGCACUGAUGGAGAUGAUUUCCGUGAUUUAUGUUUACGGACACGAGAAAUUUACGAAGGAUAUUCAAGAUAUGACCGGGAUUAAGCCGGGGGUGUAUUGGCAGCUGACUUGGAGGUUCUUAGCGCCGAUUAUAAUGAUCGCCAUCCUGAUUGCUUCCAUUGCAGACAUGGUGAAGAAGCAUCCGUCGUAUGAAGCGUGGAUCCCUGACCUGGGUAAAGCUGUGGAAACGGUUUAUCCCGGCUGGGUUUUGGCCAUAGCUGUCGCAAUGAUCGCCGCUGGGGUUCUCCCUAUCCCAAUGGUGUUCCUCUUGCGCCGCUACCAAUGCCUGAAGAUGGAUAUCAACAUCCACGAAGGUUCCAUCAGAAGAAUUGACACAACAGUGUCCACCAAAGAAAUGAUCACAGACGUUGAUGAGCAAUUAACAAGUCCGGACGGACCAUGUAUCACUGCUACCAACACGCUCAAAAAUAAAUUUACAAUUGGAGAUUUCGAAGUUUAAUUGGACGACGACGAGGAUGACGUUGGUCCUCUGGGGGAGUACCACGACGAUUCGGAUGACGAUGAUGGGCCUCAAGUCAAUAGCCGUCUAGAAAAAAGCUUUCGUAUGGAAGUUAUAGAUGAUUAUUGAAAAGAGAUGUCUUAGAAUAGUUAAAUUGUGAUAUUUUCCUUAGAUUGAAGGCCUGGCAUGACGAAAUUUUCUUCCCGGUUGACUUAUUUCGCCACAAAUUGUCUAUUUUGAGUAAUUAAAAGUGUCGAGACGUCUCUGAACAAUAAUCCAAUUGUUACUAGCUUUAGUUAGUUGUUGUAAACAAUUGGUGUAAUUUACAUUGUAAAUAGUGUAAAUACGAGUACUUAUUUAAUUCCUAGAAGAUGCAAAUUGUGUUUAAAGAAUUUAUCGAAUUAUAGUAUCGUGCCAAAAUGUUGUAAACGGUAUAUUUUUUGCAUGAGUGACUAAAAUGUGAUGACGUGUUGUAUUACAACAUUGGCGAAAUACUAUAUUGAAGCAAAGCUUGUUGAUAUUAGGUUAGUAGCCUAAAUAAGCUUGGCGCGGUUCAAAACCUCGCCCUAGCCAAUUAAGUAUUGAACGAAGAAACAAUAAUUAAUGUUUAAUACUCAGUAGAACCAUUUUUCAUUUUAUUUUGUACUGUUCAUCCAAUAAAACCGAUUUUUUUCUAUUUUAUUUUGUUAUCGAUGCACGUUAGACCCCAUUUCAAACCGAAAAAUAAUAAAUGUGUGUGCCUGGCUCAAGCUCAGUGUGGCCAUUCCUCUCUUCCACUCGAAGAAUGAAUACUUUCUCAACACACUGUGUUUGACAAUUUUUGUAUCUUCAAUGUUUAUUCUCGGAAUUUUUUCAAAUGUUGCACACUUUAACUUUUUGCACAGACGGAAUGUAUGCCUGGCUGCAUACGUUCUCGAAUUAUUUUUGAAAACGGUUAAUAAAUAGUACAAUUAUAUCGCGAAUUGCUCAGAAAAUACAUUUAGGGGUUAUUUUCUGAAAAAAGUUGUGACUUUAGCCGAUAGAGAACAUUUUCACAAUAACAAAGUAGGAGGGAUUCCCUCCCAAACGCUUCAGUAAAAAAUUAACGAUUGUUGUUUAGUUAUUUUUAGGAAGGGUUGAAUUUAGGUUCAAAAAUGCAAGACUGUUGUAAGAAUUAUUUACAUAUUAAAAAUUCUUAUGUAACACGGAGGAAAUUGUGUAUUUAGAAAUAAAAAAGCAUGAAAAUUA